AUGGCAGGCCAGCAGGAGCAACAGCAACAGCAGGAGUGGCGGCUCAUGGUGGGUCUCGACGGCAGCCCCCACGCCCAGAAGGCUUUCGAGCGCGCCCUCGCCCUCGCGGUCGCCAGCGGUAGCGGCAGGCCCGUGGUUCUGCACCUCCUCACCGUCAUCGAACCCGGCCGGUUCGUGGAGAGGGAGGCGCAGCACCUGCACGCGGCCACCAAGGCGGGCGCGGCGGCCGAGGCAUCGGAUGCUCACGUGGUGCACGAUGCCCACCACCUCCUCGCUCCCUUCGAAGAGCAGUGCCGCCAGGCCAACGUGAGGUACGUGAGCGUGGUGGCGGAGGGCCUGAGCGCGAAGCAGGAGAUCUGCCGGCAGGUGGAGGACUACCGCAUCGACCUGCUGCUGCUGGGCACCCGCGGCCUCGGCACCCUCACCAAGCUGCUGUUGGGCAGCGUGUCGGACCACUGCACGCAGCACGCCACAUCCGACGUCAUGGUCGUGAGGUAA